AUGAAUAUGAACACAGAGGCUGGAGCUGCAGAGAGGAGAAUGCAGCUACAGGAGCUUGAAGAGCUCCUUCUGGAUGCCUAUGACUCUGCCAUGUGGUACAAGGAAAAGAUUAAGAUGUGGCACGAUAAGAACCUUCGUAAGAAGGAACUCAAGGUGGGCCAGAGGGUACUGCUGGUCCAAUCCAGACUGAAAUUGAUGCCAGGGAAGCUCAGAUCAAGGUGGAUAGGUCCUUAUACCAUUAUCGCCCUCCGAAAGAAUGGAGCAAUUGAACUCCAAGGAAGCAAUCUAGAUUCGCCUUCCUUCAUGGUGAAUGGGCAGGUGAUGAAAGGACGUGCGCAGUCACUGAAAAUGUGUCAGGAAACGCCAACUGCUGCAUUGAAAGGACACCUUAGGGAGAAGGAGGAAGCGUAUCAGAGAAGCUUAGCCAGCUGA